GGCAGUUCAUCCAGUAGUUGCUGAGAUAGUUCAGUGUGGGCCAACACUACAAUAAAUGUUAUUAAAGGAUCACCUUGUAAACCCAAUUUAGCGCUGAAAGUUCAGAGAUGUUGCCGUCGGUGGGAGGAGAGUGAUAGAGAUCAGCAGAGGACACAAGAGGAUAAUAGUAUUUAAAACUUUGAGCACCCAGAUCAUCUCAGUCGGCAGCAUUAGACGGCUGGAGUCACGUCCUUCAUUCACGGCUGCUGGCAGUGAGUGUGAACGCUACGUAUGUGAACAUGAUUUAUUUCUGAAUGAAAGGUGUGCGAGAUGCCAGAAUGUGUGUGAUGGUUAGAUGGAGUUGAGACUUUCUGGGAUAUUUCUCAGUGUAGUUUAACUGUUUUUUGUCUGAGUACAAACACUGCAAGAAGCGACCAUGUUGACCCACCUCCGAGCUCGUAGCAGGAGUUUGUUCCCCAGCUACAAACCCGGCAGCCAGACUCAAGCUGCCAAAGAACUGGCCGAACACCUGGAAUUAUACAACACCUUCAUUAAGCCAUGGAACUCCAUGCAGGACCUGAGCAGAGACAUCUAUGAUCUAUAUGCCGAGUAUGAACAUGAGGAGGUGGAGGAUCGAUUGCCGGUUUCUCCGUCCCGCCUGCUAAUGUCUCCGACCAAACACUUCACCCUCAACAUAAACGUCGGAGGAACGGUGUACCACCUGCCCUACAGGUUAGCUGCCAGGUAUCCAAAGACCCGGAUCGGCCGGUUGGCCACGUACACAGACCACAACCGGAAGCUGGACCUGUGUGACGACUAUGUUGUCCAUAGCAAAGAGUUCUUCUUCGACCGGGACCCUCAAGUGUUUCACAACAUCUUUAACUUCUACAUGACUGGAGUGUUGUGGAUUAAAGACGAGCUGUGUCCUCGUAGCUUCCUGGAGGAGAUAAACUACUGGGGCGUCCGAAUCAAAAACAGCCACCGCUGCUGCCGAAUCUCCUUCGAGGAGAGGCAGGACGAGCUGAACGACCAGCUGAAGAUACAGCAGCAGCUGCUGGCAGAAGUCUGCGUGGAGAUGGAGGAGAAUGAAACACUAUUUCACGGCAUGAUCUUCGGGUCGAUCCGCAGGAGAAUCUGGAACCUGAUGGAGAAGCCGUUCUCCUCCAUCACCGCCAAGCUGACGGCCGUCGCCUCCUCCUUCUUCGUGCUGGUAUCUCUGGUCGCCAUGACGCUCAACACCGUGGACGAGAUGCAGUACAAGACGCCGUCCGGCGAGCUCACCGGCCGAUUCUAUGGCGACUGUGUGGAGACGUUCUGCAUCACCUUCUUCACUCUGGAGUACCUGCUGCGUCUGGUCUCCACCCCCGACAUCAAGUGUUUCGGACGCAGCGUCUUGAACACGGUCGACCUGGUCGCCAUCCUGCCGCACUACCUGCAGAUCAUCCUGGAAUGCUUCGAGGACGAGGACGUUCGGCCGCACUCCGGAGACAUCGAGACUGUAGCUCGGGUUGGAAAGGUGGGGCAGGUUCUGAGAAUCAUGCGUCUGAUGAGAAUAUUUAGGAUUUUGAAGCUGGCUCGCCACUCAACAGGCCUCAGAGCGUUCGGCUUCACUCUCAGACAAUGCUACCAGCAGGUGGGCUGUUUGCUGCUCUUCAUUUGCAUGGGGAUCUUCAUGUUUUCAGCCAUGGUCUACACUGUGGAGCACGACGUUUACAACACCAACUUCACCUCCAUGCCGCAUGCUUGGUGGUGGGCCGCUGUGAGUAUUUCCACAGUGGGCUACGGCGACAUGUUCCCUGAGACCAAUCUCGGUCGCGUCUUCGCCUUCGUCUGCAUCUCCUUCGGCAUCAUCCUCAACGGCAUGCCCAUCUCCGUCCUCUACAACAAGUUCUCCGACUACUACACCAAGCUCAAGGCCCACGAGUACACCACCGCCACCAAGGCCCGCGGGAAGGUUCACUUCACCCGGAGGGCGGCAAAGAAGUUGGCAAAGUACUGCGAUCGCACCGUUCACCCAAAACCGUGGUGAGGUGGUCCGGUUGGAGAGCUGCAAGGCUACGCUAAGAUGUCAAACCUUGAGACACUUAUUCGUGAAAUCGCUGAUUCCUAAUGGUAAAUACUGCAAACUUUACCUGGAAUUGCCAGUUUUUGAAGUACAGUGAGACUUAAAAGUGAGAUUUACCUUGAAGCCAGAAGGUGGAACACAUUUCUGACGUCGGACAGAAGGUGUCCAUGUUCCCGUUCCUUGGAACUUUCUGAAACUGGAAAUCUGGCAUUGACUUUACAUUGUGAUCGUCCAACUAUGUAGAGGAAAGAGAGAAGCUCAUCUUGUUCUACCUCUGAUUUCACUAAAUAUUUGUGCCACUUUUCCCGUCUCCAUGGAUAAACAGUCAGAAAUCAUUCCUUUUUAUCCAAGUUUUCGCAACAUCCACAAACUUUAGAUUCUGAUGGUAGUGUAGUCGGAAAGCAUGUCUGUCUUGUUAGUUCCUAGUUUUGAGGGACCAAUCCUCAAAUCUAACAGAACUGCAAGUAAAUAUGACGUUCUGUACAGUUAUAGCUUUACCCUUUCACAUUUGUACCAGACAUGACUGGACUAUACAAGGGUUGAUCGAAGUUUCCAGACUUUGCACGGUGGAACAUGUGCGACUAGUACCAGACAUAAUGUUAUGUGGCGAUGCGCCAACACCAGGACUUGUUCCGCAUAUUCUUUUGGUAGGUUUGCGUCUGUGAUUUCUUCAUGGAGCUCAAACUGGAGCAGAUAAGAAAAGAUCUAAUUCUGUGUCUGGAAGCAACUAGAUUGUUCAGCCUUCAUGUUGAGGAUCAUUACCACUGAUGAGAGUUGGUGGGUCUGUGGCUACCAUCAGAAGAAGCAGCAGCUGAAGCUUGGAUCAGGAGUAUGUCCGUUGUUUUCUUUAACAUUCACAUGGUUGAGGACCAGGAACUAAUCUUUCAGAGUUGGACUGUCAACCCAGAGUUCUACUGUAAUGUCCUGAGUUGUCCCAAAGACAAAAUACAGUGCAAACAAUUUGAGCUGUGAUGAAAUUGUCAACGUUUUUCAGCCACAACACAAUCAUCGUUUUCAAUCCGCCCAACUCUCCAGAUGUAACUUCCUGUCAUUUCUUUCUCUUCCCCAAUAUGGAAUUCAGAUCAAAGGACCACCAUUUGGACAUUUUAAGAGACUUUGUGUAUGGUGCUUGGCAGAUUAAACUUUGGGUUGCCAAA